UUGGCCAGCAGUCCACGUGCCUCGGAGUAGCCACGCAGGUCCCCCAGAGUGGGAGUGGGCGCACAAAUCUCUGCCGACUCGAAGAGGUAGCUCGGCACUUUUCAAACGUAUCGCACACCUUGCGCACCUCUCACUCGUGCUGUCGCCAAGACGCUCGCUCUCUCUUUCUCGAACCCUCCGACAGCGCGUCGAGCUUUCGUACUCGGCAUACGCUAAAGUCAUCUUGCAUGUCAGUGACGCCACAAUCGCUUGCUUCGUUACACUGAACUUUGCUUUGUGGGCAAAGCAAGCGCUUUGUCGGCCCGUUGAGUGAGUCCCGCGUGUCGCGCUUAUUUGUACUUGUCUUGUCGUCGAGCUCCUCGAGAGCUUCCGCGACUUUCGACAAACAUGAAGGACGACAUUAUCUCGAUCUGGAACAGGCUGUCGAGCAGGAGUUACUCGAUAGUCAGUCAGAAUCCCAACCGGCAGGAUGACUUGCAGCAGCAGCGCGAGCAACACGUGAAAGACACGCAGGACCCGUCACUGUUCGCGCGCAGCUUGCGCCGCAAGUCCUCGGUCGUCGUUAACCAAUUCUUCAACAAUGCCAUUCCCGUACACGCCGAUGGCAGGCCCAAGUGGGGCAAAAGUAUAUUUACGCUUAUGGCAGCGGGCCUAUUGGGACUAUUAAUCGGAACUCUAGUGCUGGUGAUUCAGCCGUACGAUUUCAUUUUUAAGUGGAAGUCAACCUUUGGUCCUGGCGGUGAGAUCUACGAGAUUUGGCGUGCACCACCGGUGGAUCUUUACCUCAAAGUUUACCUCUUCAACGUGACCAAUCACGAAGCUUAUAUGAGCCGUCAAGACAGCAAACUCAAAAUCCAAGAGAUCGGUCCCUACGUCUACAAGGAGUAUCUGGAGCAUGGCAACGUCACUUUCAAUGACAAUGGAACUGUCACUGCGAUACCUCUUCAUCCUCUGGAAUUCGUACCCGAAUUGAGCAACGGGACAGAAAGCGAUAUCGUUGUUAUGCCAAAUAUUGCUCUAUUGAGUAUCGCCAAUGUGAUGCGAGAUGCAUCGAUACUUUCACGUAUGGGCCUGAAUAUGUUGAUUCGUCAGACGGACUCGAAGCCAUUAGUACCAAUGACAGCCAAGGAGUUCAUGUUUGGAUAUCAGUCCACCCUCGUAACUCUCGGCAACAACUUUAUGCCGUCCUGGAUUAAGUUUGAACGUUUAGGUCUCAUCGAUAGAAUGUACGAUUUCUCCGGGGAUUACGAAACAGUUUACACCGGCGAGGUUGAUCCACGUCUGACGGGUCUGAUCGAGAAAUACAAUGGCAAUGAAAAUCUACCUCAGUGGACGGGCAAAUGUGCUAAUGUCAGUGGCGCCAGUGAUGGAGCCAAAUUCCAGAGCUACAUCAAGCCAAACGACACCUUAAAAUUUUUCAGAAAAAGCUUGUGCCGAAGUGAACGUCUGGAGCAUAUUGGCGAGAAGUACAUAAAAGGAUUAUACACGUACAAAUACAAGUUCGUAGACAACGAAUUGGACAACGGUCACUUUAAUCCGGAGAACAAGUGUUUCUGCCGGCAGGGUUACUGCCUACCUUACGGUCUAAUCGACGUCACCGACUGCUACUAUGGUUUCCCGAUAGCUCUGUCGUAUCCUCACUUCUAUCUGGCAGACCCAGCGGUCCUCGAGCCUCUGGAAGGUAUCGCGGUAAACAAAGAUAUUCACGAAUCCUACUUCUACAUCCAACCGCAAUCUGGAUUGCCAGUUGACAUCGCGUUCCGUUUCCAAAUCAAUCUGGCUCUGCAAGACGUCAGCGCCAUCGAGCACGUCGAUGGUUUCUCGAACAUUGUCAUCCCUUUGGUGUGGUUCGAAAUUGGGAUGCACGGACUACCGGACAACCUGAACACGAGAUUCUUCCUGUACCUCAACAUUUUGCCGGCUAUGCAAGAAAUCGCUAUCUACGGUUUCUUCCUCGCGGGGGUCGUCUUCUUGGUCUGGAGCGUAACGAAAAUCAUGACUUACCGACCGAAGGAUAUCGAAGGCGCGGCAACUACGAAUCAAUGGCUUGAAGCCGAGAUCGCGCGCAAACGGAUGGCAUACUUGAACGAGAGGCGGCCUUCGCUGAAAACUAAGGAAACGGGUGUGUAUUUCAACGCGUUACUUCAGCCCACGGAAGAAGAGCUCAUCGACAAAGCUGCUCUUAAAGAAAUCGCCAACCUGAAAGAAGACAUCGUCUGAGCAGACAUUUGUGCGCGUCAAAGAAGAACUCUGUGUUUUUGUUCGUAUAUGUAUUGUUGUCUCUCUUCGGUUCUUCAGUUCAUUCGAAGAUUCGGACGAGGAGAUGGUGCUACUUUGCGUCCCUUCUUGUGUUUUUACAGAAAAAGCAUCGGUGAGAUACUGGAUGACUCUAAUGCUCUUUUCUAUAUUUGCACUUUCCAAAGAGAGCGUGGGCCUGUGACUUUUAUUUUUUUAUUUUUUAUUGGCCUUUAAUCAACAGUAACUCGUUGGUAGAUUUCAUUUUCGAUUCGUUUUCUGUUUUAUUCUCGCCUCAUUGCUCCAUUUUUUAGAUUAGCGCAUGUAAAUCACGCUGUAUGCGAUUGAUAUAUGUAUAUCCGUCCAGAAGUUACGUUAAUUUUGCCAUAUGCUACACUUUCUGAGAAGAUAUGUGCUUUCAAAGCGUAGCCUAUCAAUUGUAUAUUUGUGACUGCCAAAAAAAAAAUAUCUUUCCAAUUUUUUGCUUUGCAAUUUGCUCUAUCAAGUAUUUUACACUACAUAACCGUUCUUUUACCAAUGACGUUUAUUAUGUUUUUAGUGACGAUAACCAAUGACGGCAAUAUAGUGGAAUAUAAAAGUGAUCUUGACUAUUCCAACGUUCAGUGUUCAUUUGAGCAAACGCAAAAAGUACUUAAAUAACAGUUUGAUUUUUCAAUUAAACAUGAUAAUUUGCAUGUAUUUUUAAAACAAUUUAAAUUUCGCUAAGACUGAUUCAUUCAAAUAAAAUUUACUUUCAAUGUGAAUUAAUUAGAUAUUAAGUUAAAAUUUAUGAAACUGUUCGGAUAUUGAACCAAUUAAAAAAUAAUGUUAGAAAAAUCCUGUGAAUUACGUUUUGCACAGAGUGUUUUACUUAUGAAAAAUGAUUUCAGGAGUAACUCAGCUACCUACAUAUUUAUCAUAUCACAGUUAAAAUGUUCGCAGUCCUUUUUAUAAGGCAUAAAAGAAAGAGAAACGAUGAUUAUACAUAUAUAAAAAUCAUAAUAAAUAUUUAAUAGGAACUCGUUUGUGUGUCAUCGUUUUCGAACGGCCUCAUAACAGCGAUUAUAAAAUUGACACCAACUCCAUGACACCAUUUAUUUAUCAUAUAAAAUUGCUGCUUUCGAAUUCGGGCGGGUCUUGAGAGAGCGCAUUCUUGUAAAUAUUGUAAAUAAUUUUUAUCAAAUAAUGUAAUAUUAGUUUUUGAUGGCGUUUCAUUUAUUUUUUUAAUAAUAAUUUUACGUAAUUAAAAGUUAUUAAGCUGUGACAGAUAUAAAUUGAAAUGCUUUCGUAUUGAAAUUAUCAAUAUAAUAUUAUUCACAUUAUUAAAAAUAAAUUGUGACUUGACGUGACGUUCAAUAAAUUAGACUAUACAAUAUUGACUUUUGAAUUAUAAGCAAAAUAUAAUGCCAAUCAGUAAAUUCCAAAAUGCAACUGUAAGUUUGGUUAUUAUUAUAAAUUUAUAGUAUAUCUGUAACAUUCUUGCCUUAUUUAUACAAUUUCUGUAAUCGCACAUGUGUCUUAAUAAAACAUAUAUUUUUCUAUUUCCGAAUUGCAUAAGUAUCAAAUGAAAGUUACUGUAAUUUUGAGUAAAAAUAAUCAUGCUUAAGUAUUUUUAUAAAUUUAUAUUCGUUGAUUAUCAAGGCUUUCAUAAGGGUAGCAUCAACAACAAGCUUUAGUAAAGAAUAUAUACAGUAUUUUUAAAUAUGAGUUACACAGUGCUCUUACUUUUUCUAAAUAACUAUAAAAUAAUUUUAAAUUUUAAUUGAGGCAGCUAGUGGUCAUAAUUUUCUUUUUUGCACGAGAUUAUUUGUAUUCAUAAUAUUCUGUCUUAAUUAAUUUCAAAUAGGAAGAGUACAAGUUAAUUUCGUAACGUUUCAUUUCGCUAAUAAUUAUGAAAAUUCAAGUUUCCUCUGUAGAAUAAGUAUUAUGAGCAGAUAGAUUAGUGAUUACUUUCCAAUUGUGUUAUGAUUAUCUUGCCAGUGACAAGUGCCUUGUGUUGAUGUUUCAUUAUGAAAUAAAGAUAUAUAUAUAAAUAAUUUUGUGAAAUAAAGAAAUCUCUUCAAAUAAAUACUUCGUUUAUAAUUAUUUAUCCAUGCUAUAUUUUUUAACACAGUUUAGGAAAAUAAAUAUUAGAAUGAAUUUCAAUAUUCUUUAAUAACAUUUAUGCAUGAUAUUUUAUUGUAAAAUAUAUUUACAUGUAUAUUACUUUAUAGAUUUCAAUAUUUUUAAUUAUGAUCUAUAACAGGUUACCAAAAUCAAGCAAAACAAACCUAUA